GAGGCGGGGCGGCCCGCGGGUGUGCGUAGCCAGGUCGACAGGGUGAGCUAGCGGUCUCCUCCAGCUACCCUGAGCCGGCAGGUUGGGGGCGGGGCUUUAAAGCCUGUGGCGGCGGAUCGUGGGGGAGCCGCGCACCCUGCGCGCUGUUAUCUGCGGGCUGGGCUGCAGCGUACAGUGAUAUCCUGAGAGAAGAUGGGAAAGGGAUGCAAGGUUGUGGUUUGUGGAUUAUUAUCUGUGGGGAAAACUGCAAUUCUGGAGCAGCUUCUCUAUGGAAAUCACACUAUUGGAAUGGAAGAGUGUGAAACAAUGGAAGAUGUGUACAUGGCCUGUGUGGAAACUGAUCGGGGAGUAAAGGAACAGUUACAUCUUUAUGACACCAGAGGCCUACAAGAAGGCGUUGAGUUGCCAAAGCAUUAUUUUUCAUUUGCUGAUGGCUUUGUUCUUGUGUACAGUGUGAAUAAUCUUGAGUCCUUUCAAAGGGUGGAGCUUCUGAAGAAAGAAAUUGAUAAAUUCAAAGACAAAAAAGAGGUUGCAAUUGUUGUAUUAGGAAACAAAAUUGACCUUUCUGAGCAGAGACAAGUGGAUGCUGAAGUGGCACAGCAAUGGGCAAAAAGUGAGAAAGUGAGACUGUGGGAGGUAACUGUUACGGAUAGGAAAACUCUAAUUGAACCUUUCACUUUGUUAGCCAGUAAACUUUCCCAGCCCCAGAGCAAAUCAAGCUUUCCUCUCCCUGGGAGGAAAAACAAAGGAAACUCUAGCUCUGAAAACUAAGUAUCAGUAAUUACACAACUAUUUGUUGAAUAGUGAUUGCCUAUAAUCACGAAUACUGAAUAAGCUAAAUAUUUAAAGUAGGCCAUUUGUAUCUACUUUUGGCUUUUAAGGCCCCAUAAUUUAACGCACUUGAGGUUAUUCUGACAUUAGCAAACUACAGACGAGUAACUUUAUUCCUGCUUGCUAUGAAACUAUUCUCUUUAAGUCUGUCCCUGAAAUCAACACCUGUCAUUUAGUUGUCAAAACAGCAAAAUAAAUUUGAAUAUUAUGUGAAUGUACCCCCCACAA